AGAAAGAAAGAAAGAAAGAAAGAACAGAACAGAGUGAUUCUGUCAGUUAGGGUGGGAGUGGACGAUUUUAAACGCAGGCUGAGCUCACUCCGGGAGAUACGCUGAUCGACAGUCGCAGACAGGCGAGUGCAUGAGAUAACGGACAGCAAUUUUACCUAUCACUUCGGACACAGAUUAACAGUUUCAUAACCCCGCGGAAAGUUAUUAUCUUUGACUACUGUUUUGGUUGGUAUCAGUGGAACACAUCAUGGCAAUGCUGACAAGUGCAGAGGUGUGCAUCAAAUACAUCCUGUUCAUCUUUAAUUUCGUUUUUUGGCUUGCAGGAACAGGAGUACUCGCUGUUGGACUUUGGCUGAGAUUCGACAAGAAGACUGAGAGCCUGUUUGAAGCGGAACAAUCUCCAACUGUGUUUUUCACAGGCGUCUACCUCCUCAUUGCUGCCGGUGCCCUCAUGAUGUUGGUGGGCUUUCUCGGCUGCUGUGGGGCCCUCCGUGAGUCACCAUGCAUGCUAGGACUGUUCUUCUUUUUCCUGCUUCUCAUUUUUGCAGCAGAAGUUGCUGCUGGCAUCUGGGGACUCUCCAACCAGGAUGCGGUUGUGAACGAAAUAAAAGACUUCUACACAGAGACAUAUAACACCUAUAAAAAAACAAGCCAAGAAGCACUGAAGCAGACUCUGAAGCUUAUUCAAUUUGGCCUGAACUGCUGUGGACCAACAGGAACUCCGUUAGAUGGAGUUUCUGAUAUCUGUCCCAAAAAAGAAGGUUUGGAACAGGUUAUUACCACGAGCUGCCCAGCUGCCAUUGAUGAGCUAUUCAGGUCCAAACUGCACAUUAUUGGCGGAGUUGGCAUUGGUAUCGGAAUAAUCAUGAUCUUCGGCAUGAUCUUCAGCAUGUUGCUGUGCUGUGCCAUCAAAAGAACCAGAGACAUUAUGUGAGGCCGGGACGCGUUUCCACGGAAACAAAUGCUUUUAGCUAUUAAUUUAUCAUUUAUGUGCGGUUGUCUUUGAAGGAUCAACACUUUCAGCACAUUUUAAUGUCUUCUGUUAAAUAUUCUUCCUGAAAGACAUUCAGAAAUGCCAAUUCUGGUUCUUUAGCGUCCUCACCGGUCUGAAACCCAGUUUAGGUAUAGCUGUGUAACACUGCCAUUAACAGUAACACUCAUCCAGAUCAACAAGUUUUAUAGGUACAUAUCUGUAUUUUGAUACUUUUCCUUUUUAUUAUACUCUUGCUGUAUAAGACAUGUACUUGCAAAACCUUAACCUCUUCACUUUCAGUUUAAAGAAGGCCAUGUUUUAUGCAGAUGAUUUUUAUGUACAUGUUUUAGAUGACAUUAUCCAAAUAACAAAUCUAAAUGCCAA